GAGUGAACCGGAAGUUACCGGAGAACAGCCGUCCCUUCGGAGGCAGGCAGCCAGUCUCUUCCUGUGGGCGCCAUGGGCAAAAGGGACCGGGCGGACCGCGAUAAGAAGAAGUCCAAGAAGCGGCACUACGAGGAUGAGGAGGAAGAUGAAGAUGACGCCCCUGGAAACGAUUCUCAGGAGGCUGUGCCCUCGGCUGCCGGAAAGCAAGUGGAUGAGUCUAGCACAAAAUUGGAUGAGUAUGGAGCCAAGGACUACAGGCUGCAGAUGCCGCUGAAGGCCGACCACAUCUCCCGGCCCCUCUGGGUGGCUCCUGAUGGCCACAUUUUUUUAGAAGCCUUCUCUCCAGUUUACAAAUAUGCUCAAGACUUCUUGGUGGCUAUUGCAGAGCCAGUGUGCCGACCAACCCAUGUACAUGAAUACAAACUGACUGCCUACUCCCUAUAUGCAGCUGUCAGUGUUGGGCUGCAAACCAGUGACAUCACUGAAUACCUCAGGAAGCUCAGCAAGACUGGAAUUCCUGAAGGAAUCAUUCAGUUUAUUAAGUUGUGUACUGUCAGUUAUGGAAAAGUCAAGCUGGUCCUGAAACACAACAGGUACUUUGUUGAAAGCUCCCACCCUGAUGUCAUCCAGCAUCUUCUCCAGGACCCAGUGAUUCGGGAGUGCCGCCUAAGGAGUUCUGAGGGGGGGGUGACUGAGCUCAUCACAGAGACUUUUACAAGCAGAUCUGCUAUUGCAAAGACUGCUGAAGACAGUGGUGGGCCCUCCACUUCCCAGGUGACAGAUCCACAGGGUAAAUCUGACAUCCCCAAGGACCUAUUUGACUUUUAUGAGCAAAUGGACAAGGAUGAAGAAGAUGAAGAAGAGACACAGACAGUAUCUUUUGAAGUCAAGCAGGAGAUGAUUGAGGAGCUUCAAAAACGUUGCAUUCACCUAGAGUACCCUCUGUUGGCAGAAUAUGACUUUCGGAAUGAUUCUGUUAACCCUGAUAUCAACAUUGACCUGAAACCCACAGCUGUCCUUAGACCUUAUCAGGAGAAGAGCUUGCGGAAGAUGUUUGGGAAUGGGCGUGCACGUUCAGGGGUCAUUGUUCUUCCUUGUGGUGCUGGGAAAUCCCUGGUUGGUGUGACAGCUGCAUGCACUGUCAGAAAACGCUGUCUGGUGCUAGGCAACUCAGCUGUGUCUGUGGAGCAGUGGAAAGCUCAGUUCAAGAUGUGGUCCACCAUUGAUGACAGCCAGAUCUGCCGCUUCACCUCCGAUGCCAAGGACAAGCCCAUAGGCUGCUCCAUUGCCAUCAGCACCUACUCCAUGCUGGGCCACACCACCAAAAGAUCCUGGGAGGCUGAGCGAGUUAUGGAGUGGCUGAGAACUCAAGAGUGGGGCCUUAUGAUCUUGGAUGAAGUACACACCAUACCAGCCAAGAUGUUUCGACGGGUGCUUACCAUUGUGCAGGCCCACUGCAAGUUGGGUUUGACUGCAACCCUUGUCCGGGAAGAUGAUAAAAUUGUUGACUUAAAUUUUCUGAUCGGGCCCAAGCUGUAUGAAGCCAACUGGAUGGAGCUGCAGAACAACGGCUACAUUGCCAAAGUCCAGUGUGCUGAGGUUUGGUGCCCCAUGUCUCCUGAGUUUUACAGGGAGUAUGUGGCAAUCAAAACCAAGAAGCGAAUCUUACUGUAUACCAUGAAUCCCAACAAAUUCAGAGCUUGCCAGUUCCUGAUCAAGUUUCAUGAAAGGAGGAAUGACAAGAUUAUUGUCUUUGCUGAUAAUGUGUUUGCCCUAAAGGAGUAUGCAAUUCGGCUGAACAAACCCUAUAUCUAUGGUCCUACAUCUCAGGGAGAAAGGAUGCAGAUUCUCCAGAAUUUCAAGCACAACCCCAAAAUCAACACCAUCUUCAUAUCCAAGGUGGGUGACACAUCAUUUGAUCUGCCAGAAGCAAACGUUCUCAUUCAGAUUUCAUCUCAUGGUGGCUCCCGACGGCAGGAGGCCCAGAGACUAGGGCGAGUGCUGCGAGCCAAAAAAGGAAUGGUUGCAGAGGAGUACAAUGCCUUCUUCUACUCACUGGUAUCUCAAGACACACAGGAAAUGGCUUAUUCAACCAAGCGGCAGAGAUUCUUGGUAGAUCAGGGUUACAGCUUUAAGCCCUCCCCGCCCAGUGCACCUCACCUCUUUCCCAUUUCCACCCCCCUUAGUUUUUGUCCAUGUGUCCUUUUUACUAGUUUCUGUAAAUCCUUCCCCCUUUCCCUUGAAAUUCCCUCCUCCUUCCCCUCUGGUCACUGUCAGCCUGUUCUCUAUUUCAGUGUCUUUGGUUAUAUUUUGCUUGCUUGUUUGUUUUGUUGUUUAGCUUCCUGUUAAAGGUGAGAUCAUAUGGUAUUUGUCUUUUACCGCCUGGCUUAUUUCACUCAGCAUGAUGCUUUCCAGUUCCAUCCAUGCUGUUGCAAAGGGUAGGAGCUCCUUCUUUCUUUCCACUGCAUAGAAUUCCAUUGUAUAAAUGUACCAUAGUUUUUGGAUCCAUUCAUUUAGUGAUGGGCAUCUAGGUUGCUUCCAGCUCUUGGCUAUUGUAAAUUGUGCUGCUAUGAACAUUGGGGUGCAUAGGUUCUUUUGGAUUGGUGUUUCAGGGUUCUUAGGAUAUAAUCCUAUCAGUGGAAUUACUGGGUCAAAAAGCAGCUGCAUUUUUAGUUUUCUGAGAAAAUUCCAUACUGUUUUUCAUAGUGGUUGUACCAGUCUGCAAUCCCACCAACAGUGAACUAGAGUCCCCUUUUCUCCACACCCUCUCCAACACUUGUUGUUUGUUGCUUUGUUUAUGAUGGCCAUUCUGACCGGUGUAAAGUGGUAUCUCAUUGUGGUUUUAAUUUGCAUCUCUCUGAUAGCUAGCGAUAUUGAGCAUCUUUUCACGUGUCUCUGGAUCCUCUCUAUGUCCUCCUUGGAGAAGUAUCUGUUCAAGUCCUUCGCCCACUUUUUAAUUGGGUUGUUUGUCUUCUUAGAGUGGAGUUGUGUAAGUUCAUUGUAUAUUUUGGAGAUUAACCCCUUGUCUGAGGUAUCAUUGGCAAAUAUGUUUUUCCCAUACAGUUGGUUGUCUUUUUAUUUUAACACUGUUUUCUUUAGCCGUGCAGAAACUCUUAAUUUUGAUGAGAUCCUGUUUGUUUAUUCUUUCCUUUAUGUCCCUUGCUCUAGGGGACAUAUCAGUAAAAAUGUUGCUGCGUGAAAUAUCUGAGAUUUUCCUGCCAAUGUUCUCCUCUAGGACUUUAAUUGUGUCACGGCUUAUAUUAAAGUCUUUUGUCCACCUUGAAUUUGUUUUGGUGUAUGGUGUAAGUUGGUGCUCGAGUUUAUUUUUUUGCACGUAGCUGUCCAGUUCUCCCAACACCAUUUGUUGAAGAGGCUAUCUUUACUCCAUUUUAUGUUACUGCCCCCUUUGUCAAAUAUUAAUUGACUGUAGAGAGUUGGGUUGAUUUCUGGGCUCUCUGUUCUGUUCCAUUGGUCUAUGUGCCUGUUUUGAUGUCAGUGCCAGGCUGUUUUGAUUACAGUGGCCUUUUAAUACAGUUUGGUAUCAGGUAUUGUGAUCCUUCCUACUUUGUUCUUCUUUCUCAAAAUUGCAGCUGCUCAAAUGAUCCCAUAUCUGUAAUCCAGAUCUGGCCACCAGAAGGGAUCAGCCAGGUCCUUGCUUUAUGAAUUUUCUUUUAAUUAAAAUUAUGAGAAUUGGAAAAAAGUCUAAGCUUUUUCCCUAAUAAAUUAGUCUAAGCUUACUGCAGGGCUAGGUAGGCCUUGUAGUAAGUUACCCCCAAAGAAAUGAAAACCAAAUCUCCAUCAGGCUGUCAUCUUGCUCUUUAGGAAAAAUCUUGUAAGUCCAUUCUUGGCAUUUUGUGUUUUGAAAGUGUUCCCCCUGCUGGAAACCUUGGGUCCAGGCCAGGAGGUUGAAGGCCUUCUCAGGGACAGCAGGUAGACAGUGCCUUUCAGUCUCUGGUCUCUUUUUGUCACCUGGUACAAGAUGUUUCAACAUCACCAAGAUCCCUGUUGAUCUUUUGUUAAGGGAUCAUUUAGCUGUUAUGUGUUGGGAGCAGAUUUCUGUGGAAUUUUCUUAACCUGUCCUGCUUUACAGUCAUUGAUUACAUUCCUAUUGAAGGUGACUGCUAAAGCUGGUCUCCAGAGUACCCGGAGGAGCUCUCCACUGUUAGCCACCUACGCUGCUGGGCAAGGGAGGUGACCAGAGCAAGUGAACCAGAGAGAAGACAGUAGGGAAGGUGAGGGGAAGGAAAGCAAAGGGAGUGUGUUGCCUGCUGGUUUUGGCC